ACUGUUUUCUGUCUUUUAUUAAAAGCGAAGAAGAAGCGAGGUUUCUUCCGCCUUCCUCCUGUGACGUAACUUCCUUUCUGUCCGUGCUAACCUCGAAGUGAACACGCGUUCGCCGUCAAGCUCAAGAUGCGUUACGUCGCUGCUUACCUGCUCGCCGCCCUCGGAGGCAAUGAGAACCCCGAAGCCAAGGACAUCAAGAAGAUCCUGGAAAGUGUUGGCAUUGAGGCCGAUGACGCUCGCCUGGACAAGGUCGUCACUGAGCUUGCAGGCAAGAAUGUGGAGGAGGUGAUCGCUACAGGUUACGGUAAACUGGCCAGCGUGCCAGCAGGCGGUGCUGUAGCCGUUGCCAGCUCUGCGGCUGCUGGCUCGGGUGGAGCCGCUGCCCCUGCAGCUGAGGAGAAGAAGGAAGAGAAGAAAGAGGAGUCUGAGGAGUCCGAUGACGACAUGGGAUUCGGCCUGUUCGACUAAACUUUUUCCAAAUAUGAAUAAAAUUUGUAAAAAACUCAAACUGUUGUUCUAAUGUC